AGCGGAAAUGACACCUUGUGACUGAUCCCACACGUGGGAGCGCUCAUGCUACGCGUGUAGGACAGUCAAGUCGGAACGCACAAUACAAGUACAAGAUGAAACGACCAAAGCUAAAGAAAGCGAGUAAGCGAGUGUCAUGUGCUCUACGGUACAAAAUCCAAAAGAAGGUACGAGAGCACAACAGAAAAUUGAAAAGAGAGGCCAAGAAGAAAGGAGUGUCAAAACGAAGCAAGAAAGAUCCAGGAGUGCCCAGUAGUGCUCCAUUUAAAGAGGAAGUUCUGCGAGAGGCUGAGCAAAGGAGACUGCAGAUUGAGGAGGAAAAGGAGCGCCAAAAACAAGCUGCGAAAGCUGAACGCGCCAAGAAGCGGAAACAGGAAAAGGAGUCUGCAAGUAAAAAAGAAGAACCCAAAGCCAAAAAAGCUCGUGAGGUUAAGACUGUAAAGCGUCCGGAAAAAGAGAAUGCAGCAGAAAAGAACACAAAAAAGUUUCUUUGUGCUGAACUAAAUAAGGUAAUUGAUGCAUCUGAUGUUGUAUUAGAGGUGCUGGAUGCUCGCGAUCCCCUGGGGUGCAGGUGUCCUCAGCUGGAGGAGGCGGUGCUGCAGAGGGCAGGCAACAAGAAACUACUUUUUGUUUUAAACAAAUUAGAUUUGGUACCAAGAGACAAUGCGCAACAAUGGAUCGAAAGAUUACAGCAGGAGUUUCCAGUUGUAGCCUUCAAAGCAGCGACACAAGCUCGACAUGAAAAAACGGCAAAGAGGAGAAGCAGGAUAAAACCUUCCAAUCAAAUCUUUGACAAAUCCAGAGGAGCAACCUGUUUCGGAGGAAAAUUUCUCACGGAGCUGCUGACGCAGAUCGCCGCAGACAAGGAGGGCGACAAGCGUCUCCGCGUGGGCAUAGUUGGCUUUCCCAAUGUGGGUAAGAGCAGCCUGAUUAACAGUCUGAAGGGAAGUCCCGCAUGCAUUGCCGGGUUGAAAAGAGGCAUGACAAAAUGCAUGCAGGAAGUGCAAAUCCCGCCGAACGUGAAUCUGGUCGAUAGCCCAGGUAUACUGGCCUGCCCGUCAAACCCGGCGGCCGCUAUCGCUUUAAGGAGUACGCAAGUGAUGGACAGCCACGAGAGCGUGCAGGAAGCUGUCUGGACUCUGCUUGAACAGUGCAACAAGCAACAGGUCCUCCUCCAGUUCAAUAUCUCGGAUUAUAGAAACUCAUUGGAGUUUCUAAACUUGUUGGCCAAAAAGCACAGUCUUUUCCAAAAGGGCGGCGGCCUGAACACGAUGCAGGCCGCUUCGAUGUUUCUGGAAGAUUGGACAGGAGCCAAGAUGAGCUUCCACUGCAAGCUCACGGAGAAAUGCGGCCUCCCUGCCUACGUUACGGACGCCGUCGUCACGGAGAUGUGGAGCGGCCUGGAUCGCGCGAAGCUGACAGCUGGCAAUAAAAAUACAAUGAACAAUGUUAGAUUCUCAUCCCAGGCCAACAGUAUCAGCUUCAUGUCGCACGGUCCGACGGCGGGUCUGCUGGUAGUCGAUGACCUCCCUGAAGAAAAAGGUGCCGUCAAACCCACAAAUGAUGUGGUGGUAGAGGCGGAGAACAACGAAGAGGUGAAACAAAAAGAGGACACAAAUGUAGAUGAAUCUGAGGAAGUCUCAACCGAAGAAAAAACGAAGCACGUACAGUUCAAGUUGGUGCCCAACAACAUCAGUGCCUCCACAGUGGAAACGGAUGACGCCUAUGACUUUAAUGCUUACUUUAAAUGAAAAUAGUCCAUGCAGUCAGGUGCACUAUAAACUUUGAUGUUUCUCUCCCUGCUACCUGGGCUGUUCAGACCCCAAAAAAACAUUUAUGAGUACAUACAGUGGGGAGAACAAGUAUUUGAUACACUGCCAAUGGGUUUUUCCAUUGGCAGUGUAUCAAAUACUUGUUCUCCCCACUGUAUCUGAAAGCUCUUCAUAAAGACAAUUUCAAGCAGGCCACUUUUAUUUGAAUAUCUUGAACACAAAUGAGCACAUGCCCAAAAUAAUAAAAGAUGUAAUUCAAAGCAGUGGUCAUGGAGGCCUAAAUGCAAAAAAAAAAACCCUGCUCAGC